CGUGACUGUGCAGGGUAGAUAGUGAUAUCGCAUAAGCGACACGGACAGGUUUUAGACGAAAUGGUUACAUACAAUCUAAAAUGUUUGUUGGCCAUACUUUGUGUGACCUGUAUACGGGGCUAUGGGAAUUACAGAGACAAAAUACCAAAUGGUAAUAGAGUCCCACAUCCUUGUAAAUCUAACUCAAUCUGGGAUGGAGUUGGUCACCAAAAAUCAGCUGGAAGUGGAUAUAGAAAUCCGUUUGGUGACGAUUUCGCAUCUGCUGAACGAACAUGGACAAAAGAAUUGUGUGCGAAAGAUUCUGAUGGUGAUGGUAAAACAAAUGGUUACGAAUUAGGUGAUCCAAAUUGUUCUUGGGUGGCGGGCCAGCCAUCUCCAGAAAGUGCAACUUUAUCGCACCCAGGAGUUUGUGAGCCAUGGAAUGAUCCAAAAUGCCAACACCAACUGUCCUGGGUGUCCGAGGCCUGCAAAAGUGAUGAAUUUAUCUGUAAUGCACUAAAUGAAAUAGAUGUAAAGAACAUGACGAUGAAAUUCCCAUCUACACCAGUACCCGUUCAAGAAACAACCUAUAUAUGUAUGGAGUUUGAAUUGGAUAAUACUGGAGAUUAUCAUAUGGUAGCUACUCAACCUAUUGUUGACAAUGUCAAUGUUAUGCACCAUGCUGUUAUAUUUGGAUGUUCAAGUGACACUCAUGACAUUAGAUCAACACCUCACGAAUGUGGAAUGGUAGCCAGUAGAGAGUGUGGACAAAUCUUGAGUAUCUGGACCCUUGGAAGUUCAGGCGAAUGUUUACAUGACAAAGUUGGUAUUAGAAUUGGAACUAAUGGAAUUAAGAGAGUGGCCUUACAGUUUCACUGGAACAAUCCUACUCUGAAAACAGAUUACACCGAUUCAUCUGGAAUAAUUGUACAUUAUACAAGUAAUAGGCGUGAAAAUGAUGCUGGUGUAUGGACUAUUGGUCCAGAGCGUUUUGUUGUGCCACCACGGACCCUGAAUACAGAAUUAACUGGUUACUGUCCUAGUAGUUGUACCAGCUCCAUGCUUAGUGAUAAAAUUUAUAUCGUGUCUGCAUUCAACCACAUGCAUUAUAUAGGUGCCAAACAGAAGAUAGAACUUUUUCGCGACGGAAAAAGAAUAAUAGACAUUACUAACGAUGAAAAGUAUAAUUACGACAGUCCUCUUGUCCAUGAAUUUUCAACGCCCAUUGAAGUUCGGCCAGGUGAUGUUCUUACUACUACGUGCGGUUUUAACUCUAUGAACAGAGAUGCAGUCACUAAUUGGGGAGACGCAACAAGUGAUGAAAUGUGUUAUGGAUUUAUGACCUACUACCCGAAAGAAAACGUCAGACAAUUAUUCUGUACGGGCUUUAGAAGCAUCCCUUAUUGCGCAAUUGAGGAUGGCAACGUUUUCGAGGGAUGUGAGGUAUCCAAGUAUACCAGACAAACUCCAGAAACAAAUAAUUUUUAUGUUGACCUGAAUAAUACGUGCUUUAACUCGUGUACUACAGAAUGUCUCCGUUUAUUGGAUAAUAAUCCAUGCUUGAAAGGUGACCCCAGAGCUUACAUGGACGUGGUCUAUGGUUCAUCCGAUAUAGGCAGGGAGAUGAAACGAAUGUUUUCUCAGUGUGAUGGUAAGCUUACCCUUAAACCAACUACACCCUCUACAGUUGGUGGUAAUGGUAAUGCCAGGCCUACACCCUCUACAGUUGGUGGUAAUGGUAAUGCCAAGCAGAUUAUUUCGUCAAUAAAGAUGAUAUUGUCAUUUGCCUUGGUAGCAUCGCUGCUUAGAUUUUAAGUUGGAUGUUUUUAAAACUUAAAUCACUUUAGAAAUAAAAUAAAAUAUAUAUUUUAAAAGAUAUUUUACUCCAUUAUUUCAAAUCAUGACCUUGCUUUUUGUAAUAAUUUUGAUAUUUUUUUUAUUGAAUAUACAUUCCAUUUUUUAUGACCGGUUGAUAAAUUUAUAACUUAGAGACAUAAAAUUAUUACUUUUUGCUGUUGAAUUUAUAUUUAUAUUUCUUAUAUUGAAUAUACAUUCCAUUUUUUAUGACAUAUUGAUUAAUUUUUAAGACAUAUACUUUUUUGUUAUUGAAUUAAUAUUGAUAUUUACUGUAUUUACUAUUUGUAAGCAGAUCUAACGAUGUUAUUGUAGUCAAAUCUUUGUAAUUUCAAACUAAUUGAAAUAAAGUGGUAUUUUUCUGUA